CCUCAACCGGUAGCCGGAGCGGGAAUGCUGAUCGGGCUACAGAUCCUUUCUAGAUUGAUCACUGUAUUGAUGGCUCAGCUUCAAGUUCGAUUGGCAAGUGCAGAAGCAUUUGGAGCGGCAAAUAUUCAGCUGGAGCUAGUUUUAGGUACAAUCUUGACAUUUUCUCGAGAAGGUGUACGAAACGCAUCAAGUCGUCAAAGUAGCAGCAGAAAUGUUGAUGCAAAAAACGCAGGACGAGAGAAGAGCUUGCAGAAUAUAGCGUUGUUGCCCAUCUUGGCCGGGAUACCAAUCUCGCUUGUGGUAAUGUCGAUUUAUCAAAACCAUUUGGCUCCUGAGCAGCUGGCAUCUCAUCCGCAUUUUCACCUUUCAUGUGCAAUCUUUUUGGCUGGAGCAUUGUUGGAAUUGAUCUCUGAGCCACUGUAUAUUGCUGCGUUGAGAAAGGUGCAGCUUGGACCUCGAAUAUGGUCAGAAGGGGCUGGCUUAAUGGCAAAAGGUGCAAGUACACUCUUGUGCAUGAUUUGGCUACAGAGGAGCUCACUCUCCGAUGGAAUAGAUCUUCGUCACAGUUUACUGCCUUUCGGAGUUGGUCAAUUCUUCUAUGGUUUGGCAUUCUUGAUUGUAUUUACAGUACACUCAAUCAGUCAAAGUGGAUUGGGAAGUACAGUGGAAUUAUACCUAUUUCGAUUUGGCAAGCAAAGAUCAUCAACAUUUGAUAAAGAGACGUUGAAGCUAUCAAAAUCCAUGACACGGCAAAAUGUGGUAAAACAUGUGUUGGGCGAAGCUGACAAGUUUGCAGUCGCUCGAUUGGGAUCAUUGAGUGAUCAAGGUGCUUAUGCGUUGGCAAGCAAUUAUGGCUCGCUCAUUGCUCGGCUAUUAUAUCAACCAAUCGAAGAAAGUGCUCGAUUGACAUUUGCUUCAAACUUGGGCAGCAGUACAUCAAAGCCUUCCAAGGCUGCCAUGUUGUACGCUCGGGACAUGUUGAGUAAUCUGUUGAGCUUUUAUUCCCUGUUUGCCAUGUAUCUGGUAGCAUUUUGUCCGCCCCUCACAACGCCUCUGCUGACUAUUAUCGCAGGGAAAAGGUGGGCUCUAGAGACAAGUGCACCAAAGAUCUUGGCAGUAUAUGGAGCUGCUUAUUUGCCUGCUAUGGGCUUCAAUGGGUUGUUGGAAGGCUUUCUACAAGCAUCUGCAUCUUCAAAACAGCUGGCAAGGUAUGAUGUGGUAUUGAUUAGCGCAAGUGGAUCUUUUGUUGCUUUCCUAGCACUUUUG